GAAGAGGCAGGGAGGUGUUGUACACGGUCUGUCUAUCUUUCAGAAGGCACAGUUGCAACAAGGCUGAGGUUUGGCUGGAAUGGGAGUUCUGCCCUUUAAAACCUUGGUGCAGCUCUCUGUGACUGUGUUGAGUUCAGCUUCUUAAAGAGGCGGACCACUGGGGUUACUUCAGUCUAAGGGGCUUGUGCGUUUGGGUUGUGCCUCCACAGAAGAGCGCCUGACCUCCCCUGACUACUAGCCUCACAGAGCAGCCAGAGAGGAAUGUAGGUUGUCACCAGAGCUAUUUUGUGCAGCCGCUAAUGAUUGUAAUCACAGAGCAGAACGGGACUCGGAGAAGUUGCCUUGCCGCCGUUCGUUUUUCAUCCCAAGCAGGUCUCUUGCCAUGCCAUGCUCACUACUGGCUCCCAGGGAUUAGAGAGUUAGACGAAUGGCACGCCGGCUCCGCUUGCAUUUUGCGUCGAGAAGAAGCAACACAGAUCCUCUGUCAGAGAGCCUGAGCAGCCAUGGUGAGGAGAGCGGUCUCCGUGUGUCAGUCCGCAGCCCCACAGAGAGCCUAGCGCACAGCUCUGUCCACAUGAAGGUGACUCCAGGGCAGCUAGCUCUGGCUUUGCCUCCCCUGUCACCGGAGUACGGUAAUUUACAGCGCUACUCAUCCGUAUUUAUACCCAAGGUGAACACAGGCAGCGGCAGCAAGAAGAGUACUCUGCAGAUCUCCCUGCAGCCCCGUGGCAAGCUGAAUGGAGAGCUGGAGAACAGCAUUGAGGGUGGGGAGCCAGGGGUCGGCGAGCUGGGAGCGGGCAGUGGCUCAGACGGGGGAUCCUGUAGCAGCAGCAUGGCCAGCGACGCAGGCUACUGCAGCAGCAGCAGCAGCAGCAUCUUUGAGCCAGAGCUCCCAGAUCAGCGUAGGGCAGCCCAGGAGAGAAGUCUGCCCCGUAGGAAAGCCAGGGUCCCCCUGAGACGCUGCUCCUCCUUGGUUAUAUUUCCACGGAGCCCCUGUAAUACACCACCAGCCUCCCCGGUCAGCCCUGUGGCUCUACCCUCCCUGCCUCCAGCCAGGGGCUCCUACCAGACUUCUCACCAGCUCCAGUUGUCCCCCAGUGAGACCCCGCAGGAGGACGAGACGGGUACCUCGAAAGCGUCCAUUGCCACGGCGAUGAACGGCCUGCGACUCUCUAAGAGCAGCUUUCCGUCAGCGGAGUUCAGAGACGCCAGGCCCAUGGUGCAUUUUAACGUUCCGCUACCAGAUAAACCUAAAGACAAAAUGGAGGAGAGUGAGAAGACUGACCGCUCGGCUACCUUAGCUCGACUGUGUCGCGACAAGGCUGACCGCUCUGCAAAUUUAGACAGACACUCCAGUGUGCUGCUGCACUUUGCCCACCAGCGACCAAUGUCUGGGAAGGCAUCUACAAACAGAACAACAGUCAAUGUUGAAUGUCCUGACUCUCCAACCCAGGUCCCUCAGUCGCAGGGUGAAUGUGGCCCUCGCCACAUUAAGCUGUUUCGCAGCACCUCUGCUUGCUUACUCCCCUCAGCUAAACUUUCAGAGAGCAGCCACAGUGCCGGUCGGGCAGACAAUGGAAAUGGAAAGGAAAUGCCUGAGGAAAACCAUUGUCAUCACGCCUUACAAAGGAGCUUUUCUCUGGAAGUCCCCUACCAUAAUACUGGUAUUUCAUGUGAUGUUUCCAACCAAAAACUAGCUAACUCUCCACAUGUACACAUCCAUGUGUCCCACGGCUCUGGGGCAAGGUUCUCUAGCCCUGUCAUUGAUGUAAACACUAAUCACAAAAGGGAUCACAUACAAAAGAGCCCUGCAAGAAAGACCACGACACGUGAUGACUUUCUGGGGCAGGUGGACGUACCUUUACACCAGAUACCGACAGAAAAUCCUAACAUUGAAAGGCCAUACACAUUCAAGGAUUUUCUACUUCACCCGAGAAGUCACAAAUCCAGGGUCAAAGGUCAUCUCCGGCUGAAGAUGACCUACCUACCCAAAAACAGUUCAGAGGGUGCUGCAGAACAGACUGAAGACAUGGAUCCUAGCUGGGAGUUUCUAGAGGGCCAGGACAUGUCUGGUCCCAGGCACAAUCACCUGCUGCCUGCAAUGCCCCCUGGCUGGGAGGAGAGGCAGGACAACCUGGGCAGGACCUACUAUGUCAACCACGAGACCAGGACCACACAGUGGCACAGGCCCAUAGUACAAGACAGCCAGGUGGAGGCAGAGCAGAGGCAGAACAUCCACAUGGAGGCCCAGCACGCCUUCACCGCCCGCAGGCAGAUCUCCGACCAAGAGGACUCCGACAGACAACAAGAGUCUCCUGAGAGCUGGGAGAUCAUAACAGAGGAUGAGUCCACCUUGUACAACAGCCAGCGCUCCCCCCCUCCACCCCACUCCCCCCUGGAGUUUCACAACUUCUGUGAUGAGCUGAGUCGCCUCCAGGCCUCGGGGGUCACAUCCAGCAACCGACGCACCUCCCUCCAGCUGCAGGGCCCUUCCAGUCAUUCAAGUCACUCCAGCCGCAGAGGCAGUGCCCAGACUCUGACAGUAGAGGAGCACCCUGUUCAUCCUGUGUUGUUAGCAACAUCAGCGGGGCUGCCUCCAGGCUGGGAGGAGAAGCAGGAUAGUAAGAACAGACCCUACUACGUCAAUCACAACAGCAGGAUAACCACUUGGACACGGCCACUCAUCCAGAUAACGUCAGAGGCAGCAGCUCAGGCUGUUCUGUCCCAGAGCUCCACGGUGUACCAGCCCCCCAUGCUGUCUCCUGAGGGCUCCCCCCAGCACUCCCCCGGCUCACCGAGGGAGUGUGGCUUAAUGCCGGCAGGCUGGGAGGUCCGCAGUGCCCCCAACGGAAAACCCUUCUUCAUCGACCACAACACUAAGACCACUUCCUGGGAAGACCCCAGGUUGAAGAUUCCUGUGCACAUGAGGAGGAGACCUUCGCUAGACCCAACUGACCUCGGGCCAAUGCCGCCUGGCUGGGAGGAGAGGGUCCACAGUGAUGGGAGGAUAUUCUACAUAGAUCACAACACGAAGAACACACAAUGGGAAGACCCCAGACUGCAGAAUUCAGCCAUAACUGGACCAGCGGUGCCUUACUCCAGAGACUAUAAACAGAAGUAUGAAUACUUCCGGAAGAAGCUGAAGAAACCGGCUGACAUCCCCAACCGCUUUGAGAUGAAGCUCAGGCGGAACGCCGUGCUGGAGGACUCCUACAGACGUAUCCUGUCAAUCAAGAGGGCCGACUUCCUGAAGGCGCGGCUGUGGGUGGAGUUUGAGGGAGAGAAGGGCCUGGAUUACGGGGGCGUGGCCAGGGAGUGGUUCUUCCUCAUCUCCAAGGAGAUGUUCAACCCCUAUUAUGGGUUGUUUGAAUAUUCUGCCACUGACAACUAUACUCUGCAGAUCAACCCCAACUCAGGCCUCUGCAAUGAGGACCACCUGUCCUACUUCACGUUCAUUGGCCGUGUGGCAGGCAUGGCUGUCUACCAUGGCAAGCUGCUGGACGCCUUCUUCAUCAGGCCUUUCUACAAGAUGAUGUUGCAGAAGCCCAUUACUCUACAGGACAUGGAGUCUGUGGACAGUGAGUACUUCAACUCCCUGAAGUGGAUAUUGGAGAAUGACCCAAUAGACCUUGAUCUGAGGUUCACCAUAGACGAAGAGCUCUUUGGACAGACACACCAGCAUGAGCUGAAGCCAGGAGGAUCUGAAAUAGUAGUCACCGACGACAACAAGAAGGAAUACAUCCAUCUUGUCAUGCAGUGGAGGUUCGUGAACAGGAUACUGAAGCAGAUGACCGCAUUCAAGGAGGGAUUCUAUGAGUUGAUACCCCAGGAUCUCAUCAAGAUCUUCGACGAGAAUGAGCUGGAGCUACUGAUGUGUGGCCUGGGAGAUGUGGAUGUGAACGACUGGAGGGAGAACACCAAGUACAAGAAUGGCUACUGUCCCAACCAGCCUGUCAUCCUGUGGUUCUGGAAGACUGUUCUGCUGAUGGAUGCAGAGAAGCGUAUCCGCCUGUUGCAGUUUGUGACUGGCACCUCCCGGGUCCCAAUGAACGGCUUUGCAGAGCUCUACGGGUCUAAUGGACCACAGCUGUUUACCAUUGAGCAGUGGGGAACACGAGACAAACUACCUAGAGCCCACACAUGCUUCAACCGGCUGGACCUGCCUCCCUAUGAGUCGUUUGAAGAGCUGAGGGAGAAGCUACACAUCGCCAUAGAGAAUGCACAAGGCUUUGAUGGAGUGGAUUAGGGGAGUGGCGCAGAUGUUAAAAUGGCAUUUACUGCCAGUGAACUGAGGGCUAUUUCCAAGUUUUGUGCCGUAGUUCUGUUUGAUGCUGAUAAAACACAUCAUAUUCAGGUCCAGACCUGAACUGCCAACAGCCUGAGAGGAUGGAGAACAAUCACAGAGAGGAAAGUAUUUGGUGCUCCUCUCUCCUGCACAGUGGAAGGGAUGGAUGACGAGUGAAAAUCACUUAAGUCAUUCUUGGUCUGUGAAGUUUACAAAUUGUGUUUUUUGUGUCUCGUAAAUAUGUAUGUAUACUUAAACCAGAUCUAUAUACAAUUUAUCAAAUGCAUUAUAGCAUACAGAUAUUAUUGUUCAUCUAUGAUAAACAUUCUAUCAUGAGGAGAUUUAAAUUGGACUUCGAUAUACAUUACCGUAUAUACACUGGUGUCGAAAGCGUUCCACAGGGAUGCUGGCCCAUGUUGACUCCAAUGCUUCCCACAGUUGUGUGAAGUUGGC